AUGGAUGAAUAUCAAGAGUUGAUAAGUGUGCUGCCCUUACAAACUAUUGAUUAUGCAUUUGCUUAUGGAUCAGGAGCAAUUCAACAGAAAGACGAAAACAAAGCUGAAAAGAUGGUGGAUUUUGUAGUUGUCACGAAAGAUGCACAAGAAUUUCAUCGGGAAAACCUCGCAAAAAAUCCUCAGCAUUACAGCCUUCUUCGCUUAUUCGGACCAAAAUGUCUCGAAAAGAUUCAGUGUAAUUUUGCUGCUCGUGUUUACUAUAACACCCAUGUGAAUGUUGGAAAACGAAAAAUCAAGUACGGAAUAAUUUCAUACGAAAAUGCGAAACAAGAUCUUCUCGAUUGGAGAUGGAUAUACAUUUCCGGACGUCUUCACAAACCCGUUUUAGACGUAAUAAAACCAAAAGAUGACAUGUGUGAUUUGGUUACUGAAAAUCGACGAUCCGCUCUUCACUCGGCUUUAUUAUUGCUUCCAGAAUCAUUCACUCUCAAACAACUUUUUCAUAAAAUCGUCGGGCUUUCAUACACUGGUGACUUUCGAAUGAUUGUCGGAGAGGAUAGGAACAAGAUUGAAAAAAUCGUAGAAGGUAAUUAUGAAGAAUUGAUGAGAGUUUAUGAGCCAUUGAUGAAUGACGAUGCAAGAUUAUCUGUGAUGACACCAGCAAAAGUGAUUCAGGAUGGAUCUACGACUGCAAUCUAUCAUAGAUUGAAUUUGUUACCUUCAGAAGUGCUUAAUCGUAUUCAAAGAAAUAUGAACAAGGCUCAGAAAAGACAACGGGAUGCUGAAGAGGUAAUCUUCUCACUUGCUCAUCGACAUGAUGUUGCAGCAACGGUGGAAACUGCGAUCGGAGGAAUCAUUCGUCCUAUUUCAAUCUCACAAACUGCGAAAAAUGCGUUCUCGGCUGGAAUUACGCGUUCCGCCAUUUACAGUAUUGCCAAAAUGAGCAAGUUUUUGAAGAGCAAGUGA